AUGAAAUGUGAAAGAAUCAAACUAGCGAUUUUUGAGCUUACAUGGUAUAAACUCAUGAAAUAUUUAGGAAAGAAUCAAAAUCGCGAGUUUGAUCAACGUGACACCUACGACAAGGAAUUCCUUCUCACAUUUGAUGAAUCAAGUAAACAUUAUGGAAAGAGACUGUGUAUACAUUACAAAGAGGAUGGAACACCUUAUACGGAAAUGGAAAUGUUUCCGAAUGGUAAAUAUUCCAAUAGAGUUUUAGAUUCCCUUUGUGAAUGCAAGGGAG